UGGACCUGCACCGGCUCUGAUGCUUGUGCUUAUUUCAGUGUGUUAGAACAAUGUUAAUGAGUGUAUCCUCUCCUCCCUGCCCGAUCUGAGCACGCAUUAGCAACAAACUGAGUCUCGUUUAUGUGUGUCUUCUAGGAUAGAGACCUCCCCCAGGUGACACUGGGACCUGCUACUACUUUUUUUUCUUUUUUUGCAAUGUAUUUCAAGGGUGGGAUGAGUCAAAGGGCAGACUAUUAAGACUUCUCUCAUCUCUUUAAGAACAUAUCUGACCCUGUUUUCCGCUCUCCUUGGUUAGGAGGAAGCACAUCUCUCUGCAAGGGACGCUGUGCCUAGUCUUUGACAAUGAAGUUCAACUUGUUCAGACGGCCACAGGCCAUGGCAGCGGCCGAGCCCACCAGUGCCCCUACCAUGACCAUGGCUCCCACCUCAGCUGCCAUGUCCACCUCAGCACCAGAAACUUCUGGCUCGAACAAUACAGAGAUCAGCAAGAAUGACAUGUUUGAGGAGAUCAAGAGCAAAUUCUUAAAUGAAAUUGAUAAAAUCCCAUUGCCUCCGUGGGCUUUGAUUGCCAUUGCUGUAGUGGCAGCAUUGCUAAUCCUCACCUGCUGUUUCUGCAUAAUCAAAAAAUGUUGCUGCAAGAAGAAGAAGAACAAGAAAGGAAAGAAGGGAAAGGAUGGCUUCAACAUGAAGAACAUGCAGGGUGGUGAGAAACAUCAGGAUGACGAUGAUGAUGAGGGAGAGACUGGACUGACAGAGGAAGAGAAAGAGGAAGAGGAGAAAGAGCAGGAGAAACUGGGGAAGCUGCAAUACUCUAUAGAUUAUGACUUUGAGAAUACAAAGCUGACAAUUGGUAUCCUUCAAGCUGCAGAUCUCAUGUCCAUGGACUCAGGUGGAACCUCAGACCCUUAUGUUAAAGUCCUGCUCUUCCCUGACAAGAAGAAGAAGUUUGACACCAAAGUGCAUAAAAAAACACUGAACCCUGUCUUCAAUGAGACAUUUGUUUUCAAGGUACCCUAUGAGGAGCUUGGUGGAAAGACCUUGGUGAUGUCUGUUUAUGACUAUGACCGAUUUUCAAAACAUGAUGUUAUUGGAGAGGUAAAGCUGCCCAUGAACACCAUUGACCUUGGACGGCCUAUUGAGGAGUGGCGGGAUCUCGAGAGUGCUGAUCAAGAGGAGCCUGAGAAACUUGGAGAUAUCUGCAUCUCCCUUCGUUAUGUCCCCACUGCUGGAAAACUCACUGUCUGCAUCCUGGAGGCAAAGAAUCUGAAGAAGAUGGAUGCCUGCGGUUUAUCUGAUCCUUAUGUAAAGAUCCAGCUGCUCCAGGGUGGUAAGCGUCUGAAGAAAAAGAAGACUACAGUAAAGAAGAACACCCUAAACCCAUAUUACAAUGAAUCCUUCAGCUUUGAAAUCCCCCUGGAACAGAUGCAGAAAAUCUUGGUGGCAGUCACAGUGUUUGAUUAUGACAAGAUAGGUAAGAAUGAUGCCAUUGGAAAAAUCUUCGUGGGCAGUAAGGCUACUGGCUUAGGUCUGAAGCACUGGUCUGACAUGCUGGCUAAUCCACGCCGUCCCAUUGCCCAGUGGCACCCAUUGCAGCCAGAGGAGGAAAUUGAUGGCCAGCUGGCAGCCUUGAAUGCAAAGAAGUAACACGCCUCACCAACCAGCUAAUGCACUAACUCAGAAAUCCAAUCUUCAUCCCUACUUUGCAUGAAUUUCAUGACUUCACACAUGACUAUUUGUCAAAAGUCCUGCUCAAAAAAAAUAUAUUAAAAAAAAGACAUUGUAGAAUAUCUGAAACUCUUUUUGAGCAUCACAUUUCCCACAUUAAUGUAUGCUGAGAAGAAUGGUGUUGAGUUACCGGGUGACUGGUUAAUGAAUGAUCGACUUUUAGUCUUUCCUUCAUUUGAAGAAUCUCAUUCUUAGGGUGCUGACACUUUAUGAAAGUAUUGGUGAAGACAAUGCUGGAUAUAUAAAAAAAAGGCUUUAGUUUAGUUUAUAGAGCAUGCUUUACUUACCUCCCCACUGCUCUGCGUGCACCACGCCCAGUAUUGUAUCUUGCUAAUAACUGUGCUUUAACUUGCAAUAGAAAGUACUGUAAUUUGGGGUUAUUUCCUGCAUAAAGUUUGUCUUAAGUCUAUCAAUGUGAAGAGAUUCAAGUGCAGAUGAAUCAGGUUGAGAUCAAUGAAUGCAACAAUCAAUUCUGGAAUACAUAUGACAUUUUUCUUGAUUUUAUCAGCUCACAUAUGAGAUGGUGCAAACAGUGCAGCAGAACCAUAUAGCAGGGAUGAUGCAGUUGUCUGACUUAAGUUGCUUGUUUUGUGUUGCCACGAAGGCCCAUCUAUGCAUUUAGCUUCAACCCACAUUUCUGUGUCUUCAGACAGGUGUAAUGUAAGACAGGAAUACAAGGGUGCCUUCCUGAUAUGACACUUUGAGAAGUAGUGCAGGUUUUAUUGUUUAUUUUAAAGUGGUUGAAUAUUGUUCAAAAUGUGUCGGGGACACUGUGAAUGUGCCAUUUGAAAUCUGGCUAUGUUGACCACUUGGAUGUAAAACCUUACUUAUCCAUUGUAGAAGUAAGGCACUAAAAAGGAUUACCAAUGAUGCUGAAAACAGUACUGACUAUGCUUCUUUGAUUUCUGUUGUUUAGUAAAAGACAGUGCCAUUUUGGUCAUUAUGUUUUGACAUUCAUUAAAACGAUUCCAUGUCAUUGGCUGAUGUUGUAGUUCUACUGUAAUUCACUUCAAUAUUUCUGUAGUUUCUGCUGAAACAACAUGAGGAUUUCUGUCAAAGACAAAAUGUUUUUAUAGAUUAUUGAAUUUGAAAUGUAAGAUGUAGCUUUGAUUUUUAAAAGGAAGUAUUAAUGAGGUUUGUAGAAUCUAAACAUAGCAACUGUAUCAUCAAACAUAUACAAUACACACAUCCUGGACCAUCUGCUUGAACCAAAUAGAGCUGCAGAGUAGAGCAUGUAUCAUGCCUCGCAGUAUUUUGUCUUGUUUGAAUCACUCGGUCGGGACACAAGCUUUUUGAUCCUGGAGACAAAGUGCUGCAAUAUGGUGAUGUUGAAACUUGUAGGCAAAUUAUUAGUGUAAUGUCUAGUGGCUUGGAAGCAAAAAAAGGAUACAAAGAAUUGAUUAUUAUAAGGGAAUGACUGAGGAUAGAACAUUUAAAAUGUUGACAUUUAAAUUCCACUGAAUUUACCAAUGACCUGAUCUCUUUCCUGUAGCAGCUCCUCUUAACUAAAGAAUCAUGACUGUCCCCAUAUUGGUUUCUUUGAGUUAAAUGUAGACACAAGUAGGAUUAAAAUUGUCAUUUAUUGCAGGAACCAAAACCCCCCAAAAAAUAGCUUUAGAAAAUGGAUGACACUUUCUCUAAUCACACGUGGUGACAACCUGAACCUGAAAAUCUUCCUAAUUUACCGGGAGGGAAAAGAGUCAGUAUCACUUUCUUAUUAUUCAAAUCAUUGUAACUGAAAUCAUUAUUAAUGACAACUAAUUUCUGGCUUCAAACACUGUCUAGAGCCUCGCUGUUGCUGAGUUUCACUGCUUACGUAGGUAAUUUUGGAUUCUGAACUGGCCAUGAAUUGAUGGAACUGGACACAUGUCCAGGGUUUUACCCCAUCUCUUGUGGAUUAGCUCCAGGGAUUGGCUCCAGCCCACUCAUCCACUCAACCGGAGUUGAUACAUUGAUGUUGUCAGUGAAUUCUAAGUGAGACAAAAUCAGGGAAUCGGUGUUUUGUGAAUUACUUUCUUUAAAUCAAAAAAUCCAAAAUCAGAUCUUGGGAGGCCAACACAUUAAAAUAUUUUCUCAGAAUUUCAGAAACUGGAAAAAAUUAACUCAUAGAAAUUUGUGUCUACAUUGAGUGCUUUUAAAUGUCAACAUAGAUUUUUCAGGACAUUUUUAUAAGGGGGCAGUUUGUUUAAAAAAAAAAUGUUAAGGCAGUCGUUCGUUUGCAUCCACGUCGCCAGCAGAAGUAUCUAAUGGUGAGCAGCGGCACACUGACAGGUUCAUCCACAGUACUUCUUUACAAUUGUUAACAUAUGCAUCCCGCAAAAUUUGUUAAUAGGCUACAGCAUGUAUUUACAAGAUGAUGUAAAUAGUGGCAUGUUUUAAAGAGGAACCAUAAUUAUAUUGUGUAUGUGUGUUUGUGUUCUGUGUCAUUUUUAUAAUAAAACAGAGUAUAAAAAAGGAUGCACUGACUGCAAAGUGUAUGAAUUUCUGCUGAAUGUAUGUCUGAACAAUCCAUGUUUGGCUUACCAGACUCCAUGAAUGCCUC